UUAAACCCCCACUCCUCCUCGCCUCUUUCUCACUCCGCUUUUGGAUUCCUACUGUGGCGGCUCGUCUGCUCCCCUUCUCUGCCAACCUCUCUCUCUAGAUUUGGAUCGAGUCCAUCGAAACCUCGCUUGUAAAUCGCGCUUACUAUCCAUGGCUGCCGUCGCCCUCGCAGCUGACCAAGCUUCAGAUUUAUUGCAGAAGCUGUCUUUGGAUUCUCCGCCAAAGACUGAUAACGCUGUUGAGGUUGCCAAAGAGCCUCGUGCCCUCCAAAAUGGAUCGAGCGAUUGUGAAACGCCAAACAUGCCAAUUCAAUCAGAGCGUUCGCUGACACCUCUUCUGCCUGACUUUGUGGAUCCAAGCAUGUGUUAUGUACCCGGUGGUUAUGCAUCCCCAGCUUAUUUCUAUGGAGGUUAUGAUCGUGCUGUUAAUAAGUGGGGUGAUUACUCCAGAUACACGAACAAUGAUGGAGUGGAGAUUCUACCUGGAGUUUAUGGGGACUUAUAUCAAGGAUAUGGAUAUGCUCCUUAUAGUGCUUAUCCUUCUAAUGGGUCAUCAGUUCCAACCAUGGGGCAUGAUGGACAGCACUAUGGCCCACAACCGUAUCAGUACCCAGUUCCCUUUUUUGAGCAACCUACACCAACUAGUACAACUCAAACUCCAACUCCAACUCCACCAACUUCCCAAGGAGAAGUUUCAACCUCUGUUGCUGUUAAUCAACCUUCAAUUUCAAUGGAUACAGCUAGAGUAGACUCCAGCAAAGUUUCCAAUGUCAAUGCAAAUAGGAAUAAUGGACCAGGAACUAUGAGGUCAAGCCACCAGCCUUCAUCACUAACCUCAGGUGAUUCACAUGGGAAGGGAGGUUUCCCAGGUGGUUUUCAUUCUGCUGGUUAUCAAGACUCUCGAUUUGGUUUUGGUGGGCAACAUAAACCAGCCACAUCCAGCUCUCGCUCUUCCACUGUAACACAUAAAGCUACUAAUUUGUCUGAAAGAAAUCAGAAUCAACAUUCCGUUCCCCACAUUGUGGGUAAAAAUGCUCCUGUUAGCAGGAUGUAUCCGAUCAAUCGAUUCUAUGGAGGGAAUGGUCUGGGGAAUGUAUUUGGAUAUGGAUUUAAUGGCUAUGAUCAUAGAAUGAAUGGACGGUGGGGUCCGCCUUUAGAUAGUAAGUACAAUCCUAGGGGCCGAGGAAAUGGAUUCUUUGGUUAUGGCAAUGAGAUCCAGGACGGGUUCAGUGAGCUAAACAGAGGACCAAGAGCUGGGCGUUCUAAGAAUCAGAAGGCAGCUGGCACUGCACCAGUCUUUGAUUUGAAGGGUCAGAACCUUUCUUCCAUUGGGAAUGAGAAUUCUAGUGUGACUUUGGACAGGGAACAAUACAACGGAGAUGACUUCCCUGAUAAACACUCGGAUGCAAGGUUCUUUGUCAUCAAAUCAUACAGUGAGGAUGAUAUUCACAAAAGUAUCAAAUACAAUGUAUGGACCAGCACCCCUAAUGGAAACAAGAAGCUGGAUGGUGGAUAUCAGGAAGCUCAAGAGAAAGAUGGUGGAUGUCCUGUCUUCUUGUUUUACUCUGUAAACGCCAGCGGACAAUUUGUUGGUGUUGCAGAAAUGGUUGGUCCAGUUGAUUUUAACAAAACUGUGGAUUAUUGGCAGCAAGACAAGUGGAUUGGCUGCUUCCCUGUCAAGUGGCACAUUAUCAAGGAUGUUCCAAAUAGCCUUCUGAAGCACAUCACGCUAGAGAACAAUGACAACAAACCCGUAACUAACAGUCGAGAUACUCAAGAGGUGAGGCUAGAGCAGGGCCUCCAAAUGCUCAAGAUUUUCAAGGAACAUGUAAGCAAGACAUCUGUUCUUGAUGAUUUUGACUUCUAUGAGAACCGUCAGAAUUUUAUGCAGGAGAAACGGGUAAAACAGCAGCUUCAGAAACAGGUAUGGACUGGAAAAGCUUCUCAUGCUCCCAGGGAAGAUGAACAAGACAGAACCAAUGGGAAGCCUGGCUCGCAGCCUGUUUCUGUUUUGAACAAGGAAUCAGCACAGGGCAGUCUUGGAGAAAUAAAUACGCCAGUGGAACUUGGUGUGGCUGCAGCGGCUGGUGCUCCUUUGAAGGUCUUAAAACCAGCAGUGGAGAAGCAUGUUGUUGCAAAUGGUGUUGCCAACGGUGUUGCUUGAGUUGAUCCCAUUGCUGUGGCAAUCCUUAUUUGUGUAGAUGUGUCGGUUAGGAAUAAGUCACUGAUCACUCUUGGGCAACUAAAUUCUGAGUUAUAAGGAGGUUUGCAAAGGAAUUGCAAGAGAGAGAUGGAGUUUGGCAAUAAGAAUCCGGUGAUGAACCCCCGGCGGGUGCAGUCUUGAGUUUGUUUUUUGCUCGACACAGUUAGGUUGACCCUUCGGCCUAGGUUUUAAUGCUUUGGUGAUAUGAAGUGCUGCGGUUGGUGGUAGCAUACUGCUAGUCUUCUAUAUCCUUAGUGGAUUGGAGGUAGGAUUAGGUCAUCUUUCUACUUGUUUUUCCCCCCUUGUUUUUCCCCUUCAGUCGUCGUCUGUAGUAUUUAUGAACUUGGGUCAGCGUUGCAACAAAAAUUGAAUAUAACAAUAGUUUCUUGCCUGCUUUGCAA